GAGAGAGUGUGUGUGUGUAUGUAAGUGUGUGAGUGUGAGUGAGUGUGUGUGUGACACACUGAACGAGGGGAACGACUAGGGCUGGGGAAGGAAGGAUAAAAAAACGAUGGCAAAGUGAAAGCAGAGAGCCUGGAUCAGCCUGGGGUUCAGUGAAAGGGGAGAGAGGAACCAGUGAGGAACCUUCAUCCACCUCCUCCUCCUCCUCCCUCUUCUUCUUCAACACCACCAGCACCACCUCGUCUUUGUGGUUGUUGGUCUUUUUUUCUUUUCUGACAUGCAUCAUCAUCAUCAUCAUCACAGACACCAGCACCAUCUUCACCAGCACCAGCACCACCAUCACCACCAUCACCGUUGGAGUAGGAUGUAGACCCCUGGGCCUGCUCAGAACAGCACACCGUUUGAAUGGGACGCUUUUUCUCUUCUUGUGUCUCGGAUUGAGGAUUCUCUCGGUGAUGAAGCUUGUUCCGUGGAGCCCGAGAGAACCCGGGAGCGCGCCUGGCUUACCGGACCGCACGAGCGGCAAACGGACCGGAUUUAGACUUUAAUUCGGAUUUUUGAUUAUUAUUUUUUUUUUAUUUCGGGCUGAAUUGAGGAAAAAGAGGCGAAUUCGGGGCCUGGGGAGGAGCCUGGAGAUCCAUCUCUUCUUUUUUUUAAAUAUAGAUUUCAAUCUUCUGAAAGCAUCUCUCCUGCGUGCUUUGUAGCGACUCGGAACCGGAUCGUGUGUGUGUGUGUGUGUGUGUGUUUUGUGGUGGUGGUGGGGAGGUUUUUUUUUUUUUUUUUUGAUGGAGCUGGAGAACAUCGUUGCUAACACGGUGCUCCUUAAAGCCAGAGAGGGUGGAGGAGGAAAACGGAAAGGGAGGAGUAAGAAAUGGAGGGAGAUCCUCCGCUUCCCCCACAUCAGCCAGUGUGUGGAGCUGAGCAGAACCAUCGAGCGGGAUUACUCAAGCCUGUGUGAGAAGCAGCCCAUAGGAAGACUGCUGUUUCGCCUCUACUGUGAGACCAGACCAGAGCUGCUGAGAUGCAUUCAUCUGCUGGAUGCCAUGGAGGACUACGAGGUGACUCCGGACGAGAAGAGGAAGAGCCGAGGAGACCAGAUCAUCAAGAAGUUCCUCACCAAGCAGUCCCCGGAGUGUGUGGAUGUGGUGGAGGGUCUUGCGGAACGCUGCAGAGAGAACCUCGAGCUGAGUCCCUGCAAAGAGAUCUUCAGCGACUGCCGCAAGGCUCUGCAUGAGUACCUGAGUGGAGCUCCGUUCUCUGAUUAUCAGAACUGCAUGUACUUCGAUCGCUUCCUACAGUGGAAAAUGCUGGAAAGGCAGUCCGUUACUAAAGACACGUUUCGGCAGUACAGAGUGUUGGGGAAGGGAGGCUUUGGAGAGGUGUGUGCGUGUCAGGUGAGGGCCACAGGGAAGAUGUACGCCUGUAAGAAGUUGGAGAAGAAGAGGAUAAAGAAGAGGAAGGGCGAGUCCAUGGCGCUGAACGAGAAGCAGAUCCUGGAGAAGGUGAACAGCAGAUUUGUGGUGAGUCUGGCGUACGCCUACGAAACCAAAGACGCUCUGUGUCUGGUGCUGACCAUCAUGAACGGCGGAGACCUGAAGUUCCACAUCUACAACAUGGGGACGCCGGGCUUCGAGAAGGAUCGCGUGCAGUUCUACGCUGCCGAGAUCUGCUGCGGCCUCGAGCACCUGCACCGAGAGUCCAUCGUCUACAGGGAUUUAAAACCUGAGAACAUUCUCUUAGAUGAUAACGGCCACAUCCGGAUCUCAGACCUGGGGCUGGCCAUCAAAGUGCCUGAUGGUGAGGCGAUAAGGGGCCGAGUCGGCACUGUGGGCUACAUGGCUCCGGAGGUGAUUAAUAACGAGCGCUACACCAUGAGCCCUGAUUGGUGGGGUCUGGGCUGUCUGAUCUACGAGAUGACGGCGGGCCGCUCGCCUUUCCGCGCCCGCAAAGAGCGAGUGAAGAGGGAGGAGGUGGAGAAACGAGUGCAGGAGGAGGAGGAGGAGUACAGCGACAAGUUUACAGAAGACACCAAAGCCAUCUGCAGGAUGCUCUUAGCCAAAGACCCUAAGCAGAGGCUAGGCUGUAAGGCAGAGGGCGCAGUGGAGGUCAAAGCUCAUCCCUUCUUCAAGAACAUCAACUUUAAGAGACUGGAGGCUGGAAUUCUGGAGCCCUCUUUCGUGCCUGACCCGAGAGCAGUGUACUGUAAGGACGUGUUGGACAUCGAGCAGUUUUCCACUGUUAAAGGAGUCAAUCUGGACCAAACCGAUAACGAUUUCUACUCUAAGUUCGCCACUGGCAGCGUCUCUAUACCCUGGCAGAAUGAGAUGAUCGAGACGGAGUGUUUUAGUGACCUUAACGUGUUCGGGCCUCAGGGGACGCGAUCCCCGGACCUGGACUGGGCUCAGCCGCCCGAGGCUCCGCGCCGCAGCCUGCUGGACCGCCUCUUCAGGAGGAAUGUGAGGAUCUCCUCCUCCUCCUCACACACAGAGGAACCGGCUCAAGAACACAACAGCUAACUACAGACCAGCAGCGUCUAGAGGCGACCGUCCCUCGCAGCCGAGUCUCGUCUUCCAGCGUCAACUCUGCGUUGACUCCGUGUCUAACUCCGCCCCCUAGUGGACAGAUGCCUACGGGACAACAAGGAACCAGAAUGAGGGAUGUACUGUAUAGAUAGAGAAAGUUGACAAAGACUCACAGAAAUGAGGACAUUUUGGUCCUUGAAUUUGCCAGCGCGUUCCCGCUGGAGGGCAAGACACAAAGCGACUCAGCUUUGGAGACUAUAAAGACGUUUCUCUUUUUUUUUUUUUUGUCUUUGUUUUUUUUUAACAAGAAAAGGAGAACUUUUAGCCCUCACCUCAUGCUCCCUCAGGAUUGCUGGACCAGAAUAAAAAACAAAAAAAAAACAACGGAAACAAAAAGAGCCACUGACAAUGACGGAACAUUAAACUCUUUAUUAAUUCAAUUCAAUUUAAUUCAGGGGAUUUUACCGAGGCCUCCACAGGGAAGGGGACGAGGGGAUGACGUGGGCUUUUCCCCUUCGCUUGAGGAGGGAAAAGCUAACGGAGUGGACUGAAGGGACUCUACACACACUCGACACACACAGGCCUUCAAUCAUCCACACUCUCUCUUCCUCUCUCGUUCUUUCCUUUUCCUCCAUCAGUCCAUAUCCUACGACAUGACGCGACACACACCUCCGAACCUCCACACUGCCUUGCGUUUUUACACUCAGGCCAAAGAUACGACACAUACUUAAAAAUUCGGUUGCUGUCAUUUUUGUUUGAGCUUCGGCUUAACAUAGCGCAGCGCGGGCAUGCUAGUCGCUAUCUUUCACUCAUUCACGUGUGUCUAUCUAUAAAAGGGACGCUUUAUCAAACAAAAAAUAAAUAACUUGAAACAGACACUUUCUAUCAGUUUAACAUUAGCUCUGAUUAUUUUACCAAUCCUUAGACCUUUGACCAUGUUAGUCACCCUGAUUAGCAUUAGCAGUUUAAACUUUUAAAAUACUGCUAGGUUAAUGUGUGUUAGCUAGAUAGAAGUCAUGGUUAAUAAUAUUUUACAAUUUAACUAUUUACAAGCUCAGAAUCCUUUCAGAUAUCAUAGCUAGUGCAUGCUAGGUAACAGGUUAGCAUUACUGUAGAAGAUGAUAAAACAAAUCUUGUCAGGUUAGCUGACUUUAGCUGAGUGCUGACAGGGAUGAUGAUGAACCUUCAUUAAUAUGGCGGUAAAAAUCCACUCAGAACUCCUGUCAAGUUAGCUUGUGUUAGCCAGCUUGGAUCUGUGAAGAUUGUGAAUAUUACCCUCAUGACUCAUAGCAAAGGUUUGGUAGCUAGCCCAUGUUAGCAGUGAAGAUUACCGAUUACAGCGCAUUUAAACUAGCUAUCAUUGAUAAUAAAGAUAAUAAACCUUUACAGAAAAAUCCAGUCAGGUUAGUAUUUAGCAUGUUUUUCAGAUAAAGCGUCCCUUUAAAACCAAACACAUUUGGCAGCUUUAUAAGUUUGAGGACGGACUUUGACUUUUGAAUGCUAACACUCAUUUCCUGCGAGAGACAUAAAGGAAAUUAGCCAAACACAAAAGUGGUGGCGGUCUUUUCAAACCAGCAGAUGCACAGAUUGACAGCACAACAGCCAAUCAGGGAGCUUCACUUCACUUCAUCCAUCUCAUCUUAUAUUACCACUCUGUAAACGUUUAAGAAUCACAUUUAUAGCUCUGUGGUGGUGGAUUAGCCACCUGUGGCUAAUCAGUCGUCCUCUUUCUCUCUUAGCUGCCUAGUGUUAAUACAGCUAGCUAACCAGCCAUGUUUUCAUCUAGCCGUUGUUCGCUAGUAGGCGUCAGCGAUUCAACGUUAUGUUAGUCCUGGUUGCCCUGAAACCAUUGCUAGAUAAUAAAUAAUAUAGUGGUCGCCCUUUCAAAUGUUUUUGUAGUAAUCAGCUGCAUUGCACAAUCAGCGUGACGAUUUUUAGCAAAGCUUGUGCCGGCAUUUGAACAGUCACGUAAGCUAGCUAGCUACAUCUUUAAAAAUAAAAAAGUCCUUUCACAUUUUUUAUGUCAUGAUACAUUUCGAAACAUUACGUCAAGACAAAUAGUCCCACUGUGCCUCAUUGCUUUUGGCUAACAUUUUCUUCUCAUUUCCAUUUUCACAUUCUAAAUAAAUAAAUAUCGUAUCUCAACGUAAACGUCUAUACAUGAAGCGUUUACAGGAAAGAGCCUCUAAGACAAUUGCAAUACUGAUUUUUAAUUAAGCUUUUGCAAUUUAGUUUGUGGGUUCACAUUAUAAAAAAUUAAAUUAUUUGUUUUCCAAAUUUGCUAAAAAUUCCUA